UGGUAGUGUAUGAUACGAGCAUAGUUGAGAAUAAUCAUUGCAUAGAAACCUGUCUUUUCAAAUUCAUUUUUUUGUGUUUCUUACCUGAAGAAAAAAGUUACAAACACUACAUGAUUUUCUCACAAUAAUAUUGACGUUUUAUUUGGUUUUUAUUUUUAGAGAUAGGGUCUCACUCUGUUGCGCAGACUGGAGCAUCAUGCCUCACUGCAGCGUCAAAUUCCUGGACUCAGGCAAUCCUGCCACCUCAGUCUCCCAAAUAGUUAGGACUCCUGAGUAGUAGUUAGGUAGCACAUGCUACCAAACCUAGCUAAUUUUCUUAUUCUUACUUUUUGUAGAGACAGGGUCUAGCUUUGUUGCCUAGGCCGGUCUUGAACUCCUGGUGUCAAGUGAUCCUCCUGUCUUAGCCUCCCAAAGCAUUGGGAUUACAGGUAUGAGCCACUGAACCUGGCCAUAUUGAGGUUUUAGAGCGAGAAAUUACUACUUAUUUGAAGAGCUGGGAUACUACAGUAGUCUUCCCUUAUCCACAGGAGAUAUGUUCCAUGACCCCCAGUGGAUGCCUGAAACUGAAGAUAGUACUGAACCCUGUAUAUACAGUCACGUGUCAUUUAACAAUGGGAUAACUUCUGAGAAAUGCAUUGUUAGGUGAUUUCAUCAUUGUGAGAACAUCGUAGAGUGUCCUUACAUAAACCUAGAUAGCAUAACCUACUACACACCUCGGCUAUAUGGUAUAGCCUGUUGCUCCUGGGCUACAAACCUAUAUAGCAUGUUACUGUACUAAAUACUGCAGGCAGUUUUAAUACAAUGGUAUGUAUUAGUGUAUCUAAACAUAGCUAAACAUAGAAAAGGUACAAUAAAAAUACAGUAUUAUAAUCUUAUGGGACCACUGUCAUAUAUGUGGCUCGUUGUUAACUGAAAUGUCAUGUGAGUUACGACUGUACUGUGUUUUUUCCUAUACACAUAUCUGUGAUAAAGUUUAAUUCAGAAAUUAGGCAUAGUAAGAUGUUAACAGUAACAAUAAAAUAGAACAAUUAUAACAGUAGGCCAGCACCACUCCUCUUGUGCUUUGUGACCAUUAUUAAGUAAAAUAAGGGUUAUUUGAAUACAACAUUACCAUACUGCAACAGUCGAUCUGAUGACCAAAUCGCUUACUCAGUGACUAGCGGGUGGGAGCCAGGGCUGGAUAUGCUGGACAAAGGGAUGAUUCACAUCCCAGGUAGGAUGGCAUGAGGUUUUAUCAUGCUACUCAGAACGGCAUGCAGUUUAAAACUUCUGAAUGGUUUGUUUCUGGAAUUUUCCAUUUAAAUAUUUUUGGAUUGCAGUUGACUGUGGGAACAAACUGUAGGUAAGGGAGGACUAUUGUAAUACAGAUUUUAUAAGGUUGUUUUGAUAAAUCAAUAGGAUAAUAAAUGUGAACUGCCUAACAUAGUGACUGCACAUAGUAGGUUCGUUCCAACAAAGGCUUUAAAUGUAGCAUAUGACAUAACUUUGCUCACAGGAAAUUGAGAGACACUGGAACAGGGGAAAAAAAUAUACGAAUGAGUUCUGCCCUAAACAGUACUAAAUUCAUUCAGAAGUAAUGAACAAUUCCAAGAGGACCACAUAGACUGGAAAGUUUCAUUAAAGGAAACGUUAUCCUCACAGUGGUUGUCUGGAAGCAGACCCAAACAGAGGAAGAGUGGCAAAGAUGGGAAUAUUUUUAUCUUUGGAACUGCUCUUAUGGUUAUUUUUCAUACCUCUUUACCUGCAUUGAUUCACUCUGAGCUGUUCCUUUUGUUUUGUGUGUAGAUUUUAAAAAAUUACUUCAUUCCAACAAGAGAGGGCAAUUACCUCAGGAGGCCACUUUAAUGUGUUUAACUUUGGCACAAGUUGAAGUCACCGUCGGAGUAUGCCUCUCUGCACCUGACAUUCCUUCCUGAGGCAGGACCCCUCCCUGUGAAUAAGAGGAAAGGCUUGGCCAAUUAUGCUAGACAAAGCCGCACAGCUGCGGAGCCCAGCUGGGAGGAGUUUCCUUCUUCAGCAGGGAGCUGGUACAGCCAGGGGCUUGCUUUUCACCACCACCUUUUUUUCACACUGCCUCACCUUAAAGGAUUACCUAAGGUGGAGGUAGAGAAGGGUGCGUUGCUGUCUGCAGUGGACACUCUCUGCUGCCGGGAGGGCUGAAGAGGGGAGGAAUUGGUGCAGUUGCCUGUCUCCUACUUGGAGCAGAUGCUGUCUGACCCCAGCACACCACUCCUCCUCCCACAGAGACUGGAACAUCAGGUCUGUCCUCUGGAGUUUCAGGUAGCACCACAGCGGCAUCCUCGCCUACUGGUCUGGUGGAAAGGGAAGGGGUGGUCCUUGUGUCUGGACCCCUCACAGCUGACUCACAGGAAGUGCUAGAAGAGCUUGGCACUGGGCGCAGCGGCUUCAGGAUUACUGCCCCACCCGCCCUGCCCUCUCCCACGUAGGUUUUCCAGUAUCUCUUGAUAGAACAAUGAAGGCUUUCCAAGUUUGCUAAGACUCCCGGGGAAAUUCUUUGCACUUCUCUGGCAGUCUUCAAAAUGUUCUGCCACCGACUUUCCCAAGAAGCUGUUAUUUAAAAAACCCUUCGUGGAUUGCUUUGUCUGAAGAUCCUCUGGGUGAUCAUGGUUCAGCGCUUUAGCCUCAGGAGGCAGCUAUCCAAGAUCGAACGGUUGGAAGUAAGCAGCCUUGCCCAAACAUCCAGUGCAGUGGCCUCCAGUACCGAUGGCAGCAUCCACACAGACUCUGUGGAUGGAACACCAGACCCUCAGCGCACAAAGGCUGCCAUUGCUCACCUGCAGCAGAAGAUCCUGAAGCUCACAGAACAAAUCAAGAUUGCACAAACAGCCCGGGACGACAACGUUGCUGAAUACUUGAAGCUUGCCAACAGUGCAGACAAACAGCAGGCUGCCCGCAUCAAGCAAGUCUUUGAGAAGAAGAACCAGAAAUCUGCCCAAACUAUCCUCCAGCUGCAAAAGAAACUUGAGCACUACCACAGGAAGCUCAGAGAGGUGGAGCAGAAUGGGAUCCCCCGGCAGCCAAAGGAUGUCUUCAGGGACAUGCACCAGGGUCUGAAGGAUGUAGGAGCAAAGGUGACUGGCUUCAGUGAAGGUGUGGUGGAUAGUGUCAAAGGUGGGUUUUCCAGCUUCUCCCAGGCCACCCAUUCAGCAGCAGGCGCUGUAGUCUCAAAGCCCAGAGAGAUUGCCUCACUCAUUCGGAACAAAUUUGGCAGUGCAGACAACAUCCCCAACCUGAAGGACUCUUUAGAGGAAGGGCAAGUGGAUGAUGCGGGGAAGGCUUUGGGAGUGAUUUCAAACUUUCAGUCUAGCCCAAAAUAUGGUAGUGAAGAAGAUUGUUCUAGUGCCACUUCAGGCUCAGUGGGAGCCAACAGCACCACAGGGGGCAUCGCUGUAGGAGCAUCCAGCUCCAAAACAAACACCCUGGACAUGCAGAGCUCAGGAUUUGAUGCACUACUACAUGAGAUCCAGGAGAUCCGGGAAACCCAGGCCAGACUAGAGGAAUCCUUUGAGACUCUCAAGGAACAUUAUCAGAGGGACUAUUCCUUAAUAAUGCAGACCUUACAGGAGGAGCGAUAUAGAUGUGAACGAUUGGAAGAACAGCUAAAUGACCUAACAGAGCUCCACCAGAAUGAAAUCUUGAACUUGAAGCAGGAACUGGCAAGCAUGGAAGAAAAAAUCGCAUAUCAGUCCUAUGAACGGGCCCGGGACAUCCAGGAGGCCCUGGAGGCAUGCCAGACGCGCAUCUCCAAGAUGGAGCUGCAGCAGCAGCAGCAGCAGGUGGUGCAGCUAGAAGGGCUGGAGAAUGCCACUGCCCGGAACCUUCUGGGCAAACUCAUCAACAUCCUCCUGGCUGUCAUGGCAGUCCUUUUGGUCUUUGUCUCCACUGUAGCCAACUGUGUGGUCCCCCUCAUGAAGACUCGCAACAGGACGUUCAGCACUUUAUUCCUUGUGGUUUUCAUUGCCUUUCUCUGGAAGCACUGGGAUGCCCUCUUCAGCUAUGUGGAACGGUUCUUUUCAUCCCCUAGAUGAUGCUGGCACAGAAGGCAUUGUUCCCUACCCUCUGGCGAGUGCAUGCAGCAGAGAGUUAGACAGCAACUUACCUACUCUGAAGUUUUCUACAACAAAAAAAGAGUUGAGUGAAUCUGUUUACAUUUAGAAUAAUGUUUUUUUCUUCAAGAGACGCAAUUGCAAUAGUAUUUUUUAGAUUUUAUCCAAGAAGUUUUUUGGGCGAAAAUCUUGGAUCAUUUUUAUGUAGCAUGAUUUUCCUUGGGAUGCAAAUCUUAAAACAGUCCUUUAAUAUGAACCAACAAUCUGGAGCACACCGAAGGGCAAUCUAAAUUGUGGCUUGAAGGACUGCACUAAAACCCACUAAAAAGAUGCGAAAACCUGAUUAGGGCAAACCAGUUAAACCUAAUACCCUGCCUUGUCUGGGCUCAUCACCUCUCCCUAUCCCAGACUAACUUUACUGUGAAAUCCUACCACAUUCCAUGUCUGAAUUUUUGGAUUCGGGGUGGAUUUUCGUUGUCCGUGGAAGAACACAUGGAUCUCUCUGGCUUUCUCACCCAAGUUGGCCACUUACGCUAAUCCUGGAAGUAUGAUCACUUUUGAACCUGCCCCUUAACCUUGACGAGGAUACAAAAGUGAAAGCAUCAUCCCCCAAAGGAUCACUGCACAGUCCUACUACAGUAUUUUUAAGUAGCCCUCUAAAUACUUAAUUUUAAGCAAAAUCCCUUGGCCGCACUUUUAAGGUUUUUUUUAUAUGUGUAUAGUUACCAACCUAAAAAUAAAAAAUCCGAACAGCAUACUUGAAGAAUGUAAUACUCAAACUCUCAGUGCUUCCUUAUGGUUUCUAAUAGGAUUUUUUAUUAUUGUUAUUAUUAUUAUUGGGUUUUUUUGGACAGGGUUGGGAGGGUCUUUUAUUUUUCCUUUGAAAUAAAGAAGUGAUGUUUUUAAAUGAAGAAAUGUGUGGAUAUUUAAGUGUGCUGCUCCCUCUUGUCUUGAAACAGUUUGAGUAAGAAAGUCUUGCUGUAAAUGCUGCCCUCUGCCGCCUUUGUUUUGAGAUGCAGUUUAAACUCCCCCUGGCUGCUGCUGCUGCUUUUUGGUGUCCCGACAUACCUACGCCCCCGUUUUAUGGGCUUGGCUUAGUUGAAGAGGAAAGGGUUGUGCAAGGAGAGCAGGAGGCUGUUUCCAAAAACCAGUGUAGUAAGAUAGGGAUUUUUUUUUUUUUUUUUUUUUUUUUUUGCCCCAAGAAAAUGUUCACCCAGUGAUCUUGGGCUGGGGUUGUCUUUAGGAAAAGUUGAGACUAUAAGAGUCAUAAAUAAGUCCUUGUGUUUCCUUAAUUUAUUUUGUUAACACCCCUAAUUACAACCAAAGUGAUGAUGUGGAGUCUUCUGUCUUCAUUUUGGCCCCAGCAUUCUUAAUUUCAAAGCUUUAUUCUGUCUGCCUAAGAGAAUCAACCAAAGGUGAUUCUCCUAAAGAGCAGUGAAGGAAAUGUCAGGUUAGCAGGACCCAAGUUUUGGGUGUGAAAUGUUGCCAGCUUCCUGUAAUGUAAACGGACUUGUUAACCUAACCUAAUUAUGCUCAGUGGACUUCUAUAGAUGGUUUUGAAAAAUGAACUGAGCUGCCUUCCCCCAUCGCAUAACCAGUUCCAUCAUCCUGGUGGAACUUGAACAUUUAGAGUUCAUCUAGAGAGCUUGGUUAAUCUUUCCAUAUUAUUUGUAGUAUUGGUCACAAAUGCUGUUCCCUCUUAGCCUCAUUCUGUGCAACCAAGUGCGUAUAAGAUGCCCUGAAAAGAGUAACAAAGUAUGCUUUGCCUGUUUCCCCUUACCAGGAAAUUCCUUCAGAACUAGAUUAGCAUUGCCCUGCCUGUCUGAAAGGACAGUUUACCUAAUGGUGCCAGCCUCCUUUUGCUUUGGCAAGCUGGAUUUCUCAGAGCCAGCAUGUUGUUUCCAUAACUACUUUGAUAUUUUAACUCAGGUACUCCAGUCUUCACCCCAACCUCAGCUGAUUGUAGUACACCUGCUAGUUCUGUUGCCCCCUCAAAACUGCACCCAGAGCAGGGCCACAAGGGUGCUUUUUUUCUUUAAAAAAAAAAAAAUUAGAACCAAUUCAUGUUCAUGCCAAAAACAAAUUGUCCCCAAGCCUAUAUGUAUUAAAAUGUUAACUUUGCCUAAAAAUAUUGCAGUGACUUUUUAGGCGGAGUGCCAAAGGACACUAUGAACUUUUUGAACUAACAGUUUCUCCUAACUUUCUGCUUUAGUGUAAUUGCUCAGAGUAGAGAGCCCCCACAAAGUUAUUUAAAAGAUGCCCUAGCAGCAAUCCACCAGUUUUUCUAAGCUAGAACCUUUGAGUCCCCCAAACUGCCUGAAGACUUAAGUUUUGUGGGCACUGGAAGUCACUUUGAUAGAUGGAUUGAAACUGUUCCUAUUUGCCCUGGGACGGUUUCUAUCUAUCAAAGGAAGGUUUUCACCUGUAGAAAGCCCCCUGCACUCCAGCCAAAUAGUCCCAUGCUGACUUUCUAUCUUCCUUUCUCAAACUGUCUUAGGAAGGACCUUCAGUGCAGAUCAGGUGCAGUAAUGGCUUUCUUGUCCCUUAAUUAUUCACCAGACCCAGAAGUUGUAUGCAUUUAAUGCUGUUUGUAACCAUGCAUCUGUUUUCAUUCUCUGCUGUACCUUUUACUGUCCAUACUGUUACUUUUGAGUUUCUUUCAUUGUGGUUGUUCUUGGGUUCUUUUGUCUUGUCAGAGCUCUUCUAUAACCUCGCUCUAAUGGCUUAACAGUUGUUCUGGGUGGAAACGUCCCCUCAUUUGAAUGCUCCUCUAAAAAAAAAAAAGAAAAGAAAACUGUAUUCAUUCCCUUUAAAAUGAAACAUUCCUGGAUUAUUUGUCCAUGCCUCUAGCCUGGGUGAGUGAAGCUGGCUGUGUUGGCCUGGGUGAUUGUUCAGGUUGUAGAAUGCGCAUUUUACAUUGUUUAUGAUAAUUGAAGGGUACUUCUGUCUGCUCCAAUUUCCAUUCCUUGGUAUACUCAGUAUGUCCUAGUAAGGAAGGCUUUCCACUCUACUGGCUCCUUAAGAAGCAAAAGUAGGUUAAAUUUUAUACUUCACUGACUAGGGUCUUCUCUCUCCCCUGUUCUAAAUGGAGUAAAAGUCUGAUGCCAAGACAAAUAUUGGGAGCGAGCCUUCCUCACUAGCCAUGUCCAAAUAAUGAGCGUAUUUUCAUGUGGUCUUCACUGCAUUUGGUUUUGUUUCUGAUUUCAUGUUCCUUUGAGGUACAGUCAGAUGAAAAUGCUGAGUUCUGAGAGAGUUCCGAUGAGGAGCUGCCUUUCAGCUUUGGAAAAUAUGCAUCUAAAACAAAACCAAACAUUAUUGUAAUCUGACACAGGCAAAAUUAUGGUUCCCACACCCCAACCCCAAAUGAAACCUGGGAUUUUGAAUGUGGCUCUAAGAGUUAACAUUGCUGUCUGUAUGUCGUGUAUGCUAGGUGAUAUCCUCAGUAGGGAUUGACUACUAGACUGUGUGUUUUAUCAAAGUGUGUAAGAAUAAAAACUCACUUGCACGAAUUGAAACGUAAAGAAAUGACACUUGUGAACGUGUGAACGUUAACACUGUAGUUGAUAGAUCUUAAGCUGCUAAUUGUUGAGAGAGAUUUAAAUUUAUGUUCUGUCUGGUCGCUGCAGAUUCUCAGCAGCACUUUUACUGUAUAUAGAAAUUGAAAUAAAGACCUCAGCUAUUAACCUGG